AUGCGUUACCUCGCCGCGUAUAUGCUCUGUCAACUGGGUGGGAAGGAACGGCCAACCGCUGCGGAUAUUCAAAACGUUCUCUCUUCCGUUGGCAUUGAACAUGAAUCUGAACGGAUCAGCAAGCUGUUAUCCGAGCUUGAAGGAAAAGAUAUCACCAAGUUAAUAGCAGAAGGUCGCAUGAAGAUGGCAUCAGUCCCAAUGGGUGGAGGAGGUGCACCUGCUGUUGCUACCACGGCUGCCCCAGCAACAGCUGCAGCUGGCGCUCCUGCCGCUGAAGCUCCCAAAAAGGAAGCCCCGAAGGAAGAGAAAAAGGAGGAAUCAGAGUCAGAGGAUGAUAUGGGAUUCGGACUGUUUGACUAA